AUUGCUUCGGCUAGGCACAGAGAUUCCAAGAUGGCUGAAGGGUUGCAGAAAAGACUCCAAAAUGAGCUUGAAAAGUACAAAAUAGUCCAGAAAGACUAUCAAAAGUACUUGACAACGCGGCAACAACUUGAAGCGCAGAUCAAUGAAAAUACAAUGGUGAAAAAUGAAUUAGAUGUAUUAACAGAGGAUGCCAAUGUGUUCAAAAUGAUCGGACCGGUGUUAAUCAAGCAGGAUAUUGUCGAAGCCAAGUCAAACGUACAGAAAAGAAUAGACUACAUCAAUGGAGAGAUAAAACGUCAUGAUAACACGAUAAAAGAGCUUGAGAAGAAACAGGAGGCUCACCGGGAAAAUCUCACAAAGAUGCAGCACCAGUUUCAGCAGGCACAAGUAAAAGCAGCGGCACGAGCUUAAAAUCAUGAACAUUUGACGCUUAUUAUCACCUUCCCGAGGAAUCUAUGUAGCAGCUGUUAAGAUCUCCAUCCCAGAUGGAAAUGAAUGGACUAAAAGAGACCUGUAUCGAAAACCAUUGAGUAAAUAUGCCAUUUUUGGCCUCGCUAUAGAUCAAUUUUGCUCAGUGUCAGUCAAUAUGUUCAAAGAAGUAAAAUUCUUUCAUUAGCUUCAAUGAGAUCUUGGCAAGUUGUGCCAUUAGAUGCCCCAUUUUGAUUUGCUUUACAAUCAGUCCCAAUCGCAACGGGUGGAGCGAAUUUCAUUAUCAACCUCUCCAGCGCAGCAAGUCAGGUACCUCUUCAAAGCCCAUACAAACAUUGUAACGACAUCGCUAACAGCUGAUGAUGUUAUGUCAUCAGUUUCAAAUGAUGACACUCAGAAUUUGUGACUGUCGUCCUUCAAAACAUGUUGUUUUUCUGAUAAGUUGACCUGAUGAGCCCUGAAAAGUUACCUGACAUACUGUGUCUCCAUGCUUUAUUCAAUGGAAACUAUCUCAUAAGGAAAAUCUUUGACACAUCGGCCACAAAAACUGCAAUUUUUCAAGCGUUGAUGUGGACAUCUUUUGACUUGCUUGUCCUGCACAUUUCCAUAACAACGCAAGUGUUUCCUUUUUCGCUGUUCAUAGAUCUUCUAUGUGUGUUUUGUACAGUUUUAUUUGAAAUAAAAAUAUAGAUAAAGAA